AUGGCUGUGACUUUGAGUCACCUCCCUGGUGCCGUGCUGUUGUACGCGUUGGUCGUGCCGUCCGUCACCGGAAGCUACCUGCGUGACGUGGAGCUGAUCGGACCGUCACCACAGGCCGACUUCAACACCGUCUACUACUACCCGAGCUACGUCAAGGGCGAGGACCCGGUCGAAGAGUUCAACCGAAGGCGUCUGCACGUGGACACCGCGAUGUUCAUGGACGAUGACGUAAGGGCCGCGAAACGAAAGCGCAAGACGUUCCCGGGCGCCAUCGCAAGGCGCAAUCCGAAACUGCGUGCCCCGGCACCGAACCGCGUUGGGCAGCCCUCCGACCACGAGCGCAAUUAUUUGAAAAUUCGCCAAUCGUCCGGCGGGCCACGGUACGUCCGGGACGAUGUGGAAAUCUUUGACAUCAAGCAACACGCCAAAAGAAUCACCAAGGCAACCGAUCAAGCGAAGGAACCUCGUUCCCGUCGAACUCCUAGAACGGUCGCAAUGGAGGCGUCCGAUGAUCGGCGACGUUACGAGGAAUCUGAUCCGCAGAUAUUUGCCUACGAACGUGCCGACAGUCCGGAGGUGAUCGCUCGGACAAAUGCUCGACGCACCGGGGAAGGAUCAGAGGAUAGCAAAUACUUCCAAGAUACCUUUCAGCUGCAAAAGUCUCCCCUGGAACUAGAGUUCGGCCACUUGUUUGAGUCAAACGAUGGCUGGGAAGAGCGGUACGAAAGGCAGGACCAUCGCAAUCAUAGGCAUCAAGGAAAAGUCAAAUGGGCCGACAAGCAGGGAGGCUUCGGUGAACACUACUGGGACCUGAACCACAUCCAAGCGGCCGAACCUCACGAUGGCUAA